AUGGGCAGCAGUGAGCUUCCCUUUACUUUGGCCAACGCAAGCCUCGGCGAUCUAGACUGUGUCGUUGAUGGGCAGACGGUAGUCGCCAAAUCAGGCAAACGCUUCGAUGUCAUUGACCCUGGAACUGGUAAAUCUUGGGCAUCGUGCCCAGACUGCCGGGAAGAAGACGUCGACGUCGCAGUCCAGUCAUCACAUCGGGCCUUUCAAGAAUACUCCAAAUGGACUCCCAGACAAAGAGCCCAGACGCUGUUGAAGUGGCAUCAAGAAAUUGUCGCCGCGCGGGAUGACCUCGCCAAGAUCUUGGUCUACGAAACUGGCAAACCUCUCGCAGAAGCUUAUGGCGAGAUCGACUACGGCACCACCUUUACCUGGUGGUUUGUAGGCGAAGCAGAGCGCAUUCAGGGAGCCUCAAUCGUCAACGCCGUCCCUGGCCGACGAGCAAUCACAAUCAAGCAGCCUAUUGGAGUUGUCGCCGCUCUUGUGCCUUGGAACUUUCCUAUUGCUCUGAUUCUCAGAAAGGCGAGCGGAGCCCUUGCUGCAGGCUGCACCAUGGUUGUCAAGCCCUCGCCCGAGACACCAAUCACAGCUCUCGCAGUGGCACGAUUGGCAUUGAAGGCUGGUUUCCCUCCAGGUGCACUUAAUGUCCUGACGACGAGCCUUGAUGGGACGCCGGAAUUGGCAGAAGCGCUUUGUCUCCAUCCGCUCGUGAAAAAGGUGACUUUCACUGGCAGCACAAGGGUUGGAAAGAUUAUAACGAGUCAUUGUGCGAAGAACCUGAAAAAGGCGUUGGUGGAACUUGGAGGAAACUGCCCUUUUAUUGUUUUUGAUGAUGCCAAUCUCGACCAAGCGAUGCAGCAUUUCAUACCACUCAAGUGGCGUCACGCAGGCCAGGCUUGUGUUUCCUCAAAUAGAGUCUACGUUCAGCGAGGAGUCUAUGACAAGUUUGUCGAUGCAGUCAUAAAGGCCGUAUCUGAACUGAAGAUUGGUCACGGAAUGACAGAGGGCACCACUCUUGGUCCAGUCACGACACCAAGAAGUCUCGACAGAGCCGAAGACAUGGCCAAGGAUGCUAUUUCCAAGGGAGCAAAGAUGGUAGUUGGCACGGGGCUCAGAGAUCAAUCGGCAAAUGGAGGCGGUUACUUCAUGAAGCCUACAAUCUUGACAAACGUCACCGAUGAUAUGCUCAUGAGUCAGGAUGAGAUAUUUGCGCCUCUGUUGGGAAUUUCGGUGUUUGACACAGAGGAGGAAGUCAUUCAAAGGGCCAACAAUACGGCCAUGGGACUGACUAGCUAUGCUUUUACAAAGAAUGUGGACAGGCUUUGGAGGCUUUUUGAACGGCUAGAGGCUGGUAUGAUUGGUCUGAAUACGGGCACCAACUCUUGUGCCGAAUCACCAUUUGGAGGUAUUAAGGAAAGCGGAUCCGGAAAGGAGAGUGGAAAGGACGUGGCUGUAGACGAGUACAUGGUCACAAAGACAGGAACCUUUACUUUUGAAGGCUUGUAA